AUGAAGGAAAAGGGGAUACGAAUCGAAUGCCAAAGCAGUGAGCGAAGACGGGAGAUGGAGGCUCGCAAGCUGCUCAAUCCGGAUUUGCUUGAUCGAUCGAUCGCCAAGGAGGAUGUCGUCUCCUGGUGUUUGACGAGGCCGAAGAAGAGAAGGAUCGAAGCGGCGGGGGAAGAGGUGUACGAGGGUAGCGGUGUUGCGUCCAGUUCUCCGGUCUUUGUAUAUCACGAAGAAGACAGAAGGCAAGAGGAAGCUCGCAGCGACUAAUCAGGGGAUUUUUGGGGUCGAUUGCUUGCGAAGGCGGUGUUUCCGGGGAUCGAUGGGGCCGAAGAGAGGGAAAGGGGAAAGCAGCGAAGCGGCUGGGAUUUCGGCAGUGGAGCUCGACGGAAAAGAAGAAUGGUGCGAUGGGCGAAAAGGGAAAGAGAUUCAAGGAUUUUCAGAUCAAUGGUUUGGUGUGGCUGUUCUUGGCUGCUCUUCUCGUGGUUCGAUCGGAAGUAAACACGAAGGAAAUAGGAAACAGUUGGAUUGGGAAUGAAGAAGAUGGUGAUCAGAAGAUGUAUGAGUUUUGUUCUCGUUUCGCUUGCACGAUUAAUGAAAGGGAAUGGCAGCAAGCAACCCAGCUCUGGACUGGUACGAUGUAGUAUGAUAAUUGAUAGUGUUAAGGAAAACUUGUAGGCUUUCUAUAAGUUAAAUGAACACUCCAAAGUUGUGCAAAUGAUUGGUAAAGUGUAUAAGUUUCAUUUUGUUUUGGCUGUCAAUUAGGUGUACUUGAUUUUAACUUUGCAACAGUGUAUUGAUUUUAUGAUUCAUGUAUUUGUGUGAUGU